UCGAAGCGCUGCCGCCCGGAGCCGCAGAGGCUGCGGGCUUGGUCUGCGACGGCGGCUUUGGCUGUGGCCGUGCCGGCACCUGGAGAGAGAAUGGUGCUUCCUGAGACAUUUGGAAGCUUGACCUCUUUAAAGUAGCUGUAGCUUUAAGGUUGGCGAGAAAUCCAGGUACUCAAGUGGACUGGUGCUUUCUGUCACCAUGGGAGAGCUUUUCCGGAGUGAGGAGAUGACGCUGGCUCAGCUUUUUCUCCAGUCAGAAGCUGCUUAUUGUUGUGUCAGUGAAUUAGGAGAACUCGGAAAGGUUCAGUUUCGUGAUUUAAAUCCAGAUGUGAAUGUUUUCCAGAGGAAAUUUGUGAAUGAAGUUAGAAGAUGUGAAGAAAUGGAUCGAAAACUUCGAUUUGUUGAGAAAGAGAUAAGAAAAGCUAAUAUCCCAAUUAUGGACACUGGCGAAAACCCAGAGGUGCCCUUCCCCCGGGACAUGAUUGACUUAGAGGCCAAUUUUGAGAAGAUUGAAAAUGAACUGAAAGAAAUCAACACAAACCAGGAAGCUCUGAAGAGAAACUUCCUGGAACUGACUGAAUUAAAAUUUAUCCUUCGCAAAACUCAGCAGUUUUUUGAUGAGGCUGAAUUGCAUCAUCAGCAGAUGGCGGAUCCAGACCUGUUGGAAGAGUCCUCAUCCCUCUUGGAGCCAAGUGAGAUGGGAAGAGGCACGCCUUUAAGACUUGGCUUCGUGGCUGGUGUGAUUAACCGGGAGCGCAUCCCUACUUUUGAGCGCAUGCUUUGGCGGGUGUGCCGGGGGAAUGUGUUCCUGCGACAGGCUGAAAUCGAGAACCCCCUGGAGGAUCCUGUGACUGGCGACUACGUGCACAAGUCUGUGUUCAUCAUUUUCUUCCAAGGCGAUCAGCUGAAAAACAGAGUCAAGAAAAUCUGUGAAGGGUUCCGAGCUUCACUCUACCCCUGCCCUGAGACACCGCAGGAGAGGAAAGAAAUGGCUUCUGGCGUCAACACCAGGAUUGAUGAUCUCCAAAUGGUUCUGAAUCAAACAGAGGAUCACCGCCAGAGAGUUCUGCAGGCAGCUGCUAAAAACAUCCGGGUGUGGUUCAUCAAGGUACGGAAGAUGAAGGCCAUCUACCACACACUGAACCUGUGCAACAUCGACGUGACCCAGAAGUGUCUGAUUGCGGAGGUCUGGUGCCCUGUCACUGACCUCGACUCCAUCCAGUUUGCACUCAGAAGGGGCACGGAACACAGUGGUUCCACCGUGCCCUCCAUUUUGAACAGGAUGCAGACAAACCAGACUCCCCCAACCUACAAUAAAACUAAUAAGUUCACAUAUGGCUUUCAAAAUAUAGUAGACGCUUAUGGAAUUGGAACCUACCGAGAGAUAAAUCCAGCACCAUACACCAUCAUCACUUUCCCUUUCCUGUUUGCUGUGAUGUUUGGGGACUUUGGCCAUGGCAUUUUGAUGACCCUUUUCGCUGUAUGGAUGGUGUUAAGGGAGAGUCGAAUCCUUUCCCAGAAGAAUGAGAAUGAGAUGUUCAGCACUGUGUUCAGUGGCAGAUACAUCAUUCUGUUGAUGGGCGUGUUCUCCAUCUACACUGGCCUCAUCUACAAUGAUUGCUUUUCCAAGUCUCUUAAUAUCUUCGGGUCCUCUUGGAGCGUAAGGCCGAUGUUCACGAAAUACAAUUGGACGGAGGAGACACUUCGGGGGAACCCUGUUCUCCAGCUGAACCCAACUGUCCCUGGAGUUUUUGGUGGACCCUACCCUUUUGGCAUUGAUCCGAUUUGGAACAUUGCAACCAAUAAGCUGACCUUCCUCAACUCCUUUAAAAUGAAGAUGUCUGUUAUCCUUGGUAUCAUCCACAUGCUGUUCGGAGUCAGCCUGAGCCUUUUCAACCACACCUACUUCAAGAAGCCCCUGAAUAUCUACUUUGGAUUUAUUCCUGAAAUAAUCUUCAUGACCUCUCUGUUUGGCUAUUUGGUUAUCCUUAUUUUUUACAAGUGGACAGCCUAUGAUGCCCGUACAUCUGAGAAAGCACCAAGCCUUCUGAUUCAUUUCAUAAAUAUGUUUCUCUUUUCCUAUGGUGACUCUGGCAAUUCAAUGCUGUAUUCUGGACAGAAGGGAAUUCAGUGUUUCCUGGUAGUGGUUGCGCUACUGUGUGUACCUUGGAUGCUACUGUUUAAACCACUGGUCCUUCGCCAUCAAUAUUUGAGGAAGAAGCACUUGGGAACUCUCAACUUUGGUGGGAUCAGGGUGGGCAACGGACCAACAGAGGAGGAUGCUGAGAUUAUUCAGCAUGACCAGCUCUCCACCCAUUCAGAGGACGCGGAAGAGUUUGACUUUGGGGACACAAUGGUCCACCAGGCCAUCCACACCAUCGAGUACUGCCUGGGCUGCAUCUCCAACACCGCCUCCUACCUGCGGCUCUGGGCCCUCAGCCUCGCUCAUGCACAGCUGUCUGAGGUACUUUGGACCAUGGUGAUCCACAUCGGCCUGAGUGUGAAGAGCAUGGCGGGAGGCCUGGCACUGUUCUUCAUCUUUGCUGCCUUUGCCACCCUGACUGUCGCCAUCCUCCUCAUCAUGGAGGGCCUCUCGGCUUUCCUUCAUGCACUGCGGUUGCACUGGGUCGAGUUCCAGAACAAAUUCUACAGUGGGACCGGUUUCAAGUUCUUCCCCUUCUCCUUCGAGCACAUUCGGGAAGGGAAGUUUGAUGAGUGAGCACCUCUGGGCAGUGCCCCGCUGUCCUCCACACUCUCCACAGCAAUUAGCGGUAUCCUCUUGCCUGUGGUCGUGCUCCCUGGGCCUUGGGACAUUUGUGGCAUCCCUCCCACCUUUCCCCAGUCCCCUGCUUUGUGUGUAGUGUGGCGAUUUUCUGGAGAGAAGCUGGGCCCUGGCUGUCACUCACACUGGGCACCCACUGGGCCUCCAUCCAGCCAACAGCCCCUUCUCUGUCCCCUGGUAUCGGCCCCGUUCUGCAUAUACACAUGAGCCCAGAGCCCUUUACACUUGCACCUAUUUGCAGUUGGAAGGAGCCUUCACACCUAGACUUUGAGUCCCCUGCCCCUGCCAUUCUAGUUACUGGUUGGGGAGGGAUACUCUUUAACAUACCCUUGGGUUAGCAUGGGGCAGGCGCAGGAAGGUGGUAUUUCUGGCCCUUGCCCCACCCCCUGUGGUCUUCAGAGUGCUUGUUAAUUGGGAAUUCUGCAGAACCCAAGUAAAACAUCAUGCAUGACUGCUCCCUGUCACCCCCCAGGUCCAGGACCCCCAACACCACCUCUUUAACCCCUACUCUAGACUCAUUUCCCUCCCCUUCCCUGUUUGCACCCAGCAUAACAUAGCACAGCAGGGCCUGGCUGGCUCCUUGGCUGGUGCCUCUCAGGCCCCAUGGCCCUGCCACAAGCAUACCCUCUGGGCAGCACCCAUGGACGUGCCCUCCUGGCGCAGACUGCACCUUCGCUGCCGAUCGCGAGCUUCACAUGCAGAACAGUGGUCAUCACGGGCAGGUUCUCCUGCAGGCCUGCCUUGCUCUGCCCACCAGUGUGCCUCCCCUCUCCCCACUCUGACCCCAGGUUGAGAGACUCGGGUCGUAGGCAGGGGAGGCCAGCGUCAUUUAUGGCUUGCUGGUGGACAGGAGUCGGCAGGGCUGCCAGUGCGUGAGGUGGUGAGCGAUGAACCCCUAUCCUGUGGGCUGGUGGUGGGCCCUGCCAAGGAGCCACCUUCCCUGUCACCCCCAGCGGGCGAUGGAUCUUAGGGCCUCUUAAUCAUGUGUUGGUGCAGCAGCCCCGGCUGCUUCAGCUAAAUUGAUCCCCUGCUGCCUCCAGUGGCCCCUGCCCUCCCCCACCCUGGCUCUUCUGAGUGCUUAGAGCUGCUCUCCAGGCUGGGCUGGUUCUGGACGCGGCCCCCUCCCCACUCACCCCUGUGCAGUGUGACCUGCCCCAGACCUUGUGCGGUGCCCCCUUCCUGCUGGUCCCCAUGGUUCAUGUGAUCGUCCUCCCUCUGUUUACAGCAGGGCUGGAAGCAGAUUUCUUGGUCAGGAACCUGCCUGAGGCCUUUCUGUUCAGACAUUGCUGUGCUGAAUAAAGUGUGUUUGACUCUACAGGGAGGCUGCC